AUGGCCAAAAGAAAGUUCAGUGGGCUGGAAGUCACCCUGAUCAUCUUCGUCUGCCUGGUGACGAUCAUAGCCUGUGUCUUCAUUGGGCUUUUUGCAUCAGGACAAUCUGGAAUCAAAACUAAAGAGUUUACAGCACAGUGCCCCAGUGUUUUAGUGGCAGAGAGGAUCGACUGCAUCCCGGAUCAAAUCGCUACUAAGAAUCUCUGCACUCUGCGUGGCUGCUGCUGGAGUCCCCAGAGUGAUCCCAGCGUACCCUGGUGUUACUUCCCCUCCAACUACGGCUACAAAGUGGAUGGGUCGACCAGAUCUACUGAGGCAGGGUUUGAGAACACUCUAACAAGGCUGUCAUCACCAUCCCUCUUUGGAAAAGACAUUGAGACUGUCCUCCUGACAGCAGAGUACCAGACCUCCAAUCGCUUCCACUUCAAGAUCACUGAUCCUAACAACCAAAGAUUUGAGGUCCCUCACGAACAUGUGAAGCCUUUCACUGGAUCCAAGGCCUCCAAUUUAAACUACAAAGUAGAGGUGAAGUCAGAUCCCUUUGGCAUCGUGGUGAGCAGAGCAAGCAACAACAGAGUGCUGUUUGACACUACCAUAGGACCUCUGCAGUACUCAGACCAGUUUCUACAGCUGUCAAUCAGAGUGCCAAGCACCAACAUCUAUGGUGUGGGGGAGCACGUCCACAAGCAGUACCGGCACGAUGUCAACUGGAAGACCUGGCCCAUGUUCAGCAGGGACAUUGGCCCCUCUGAAGCAAUGCAUAAUUUAUAUGGAGUUCAAACUUUCUUCCUGUGUUUGGAGGACAGCUCUGGAGCCUCCUUUGGUGUUUUCUUAAUGAACAGCAAUGCCAUGGAGUUUGUGGUGCAGCCUGCUCCAGCAGUGACCUACAGAACCAUUGGUGGGAUCCUUGAUUUCUACAUCUUCUUGGGGAACACACCAGAGGAAGUGGUCCAGGAGUACCUACAGUUCGUGGGGCUGCCAUGUUUUCCCUCUUACUGGAACCUGGGCUUCCAGCUCAGCCGCUGGAAUUACGGCUCCCUGGAUGAGGUGAAGUCAGUUGUGGAGAGGAACAGGGCGAUUGGACUCCCUUAUGAUGCUCAGGUCACUGAUAUCGACUACAUGGAGGAAAAGAAAGAUUUUACUUACGACAAAGAGAAGUUCCAAGAUCUCCCUAAUUUUGCAGCUUACAUGCAUGCCUAUGGCCAGAAGUACAUCAUCAUCUUGGACCCUGCUAUCAGCACACAAAGCCUAGUUGAUGGCAGUCCCUACGGUAGCUACGUCAGAGGAGAGAGCAAAAAAGUCUGGGUAACAGAAGCGGAUAGAGAAACGACGUUAAUUGGGGAGGUGUGGCCCGGGGAAGCUGUGUUCCCAGACUUCAGCAACCCAGACUGUGAAAGCUGGUGGGUGGAAGAGUGCAAACUGUUCCAUGAUGCUGUGCCGUACGAUGGGAUCUGGAUUGACAUGAAUGAAGUAUCCAACUUCGUUCAAGGCUCGAGUAAAGGUUGUCUUGCGAAUGACUUGAACUAUCCUCCUUUCACUCCCAAUAUCCUGGACAAACUCAUGUAUUCUAAGACGAUCUGUAUGGAUGCAGUGCAUAAGUGGGGGCAACACUACGACGUUCACAGUCUUUAUGGACAUUCCAUGUCCAUGGCAACACGGAAAGCCAUUGAAACUGUGUUUCCUGGAAAAAGAAGCUUCCUUAUUUCGAGGUCUACUUUUGUUGGAUCAGGAAAUUACACAGCACACUGGCUGGGAGACAAUGCAGCAACCUGGGAACACUUAAGAUGGGCCAUACCUGGGAUGCUGGAAUUUAACCUCUUUGGAUUCCCUUAUAUUGGAGCAGACAUCUGUGGUUUCUCUGACAACACCACAGAAGAACUUUGCAGACGCUGGAUGCAAGUAGGAGCUUUUUACCCCUUCUCCAGGAAUCACAAUGCUGAAGGGUUUAUGUCUCAGGACCCAGCUGCGUUUGGAAACAAUUCCCUCUUGGUGAACAGCUCCAAGCAUUACUUGAACAUCCGCUACACCUUGCUGCCCUACCUGUACACCCUGUUCUACAAAGCCCACACGCGAGGAGACACGGUUGUACGGCCGCUUCUGCAUGAGUUCUACUCUGAUGAAAAUACGUGGGGGAUUGACAGACAGUUCCUGUGGGGUCCUGGGCUUCUCAUUUCCCCUGUGCUUGACCCGGGUGUGGACACAAUCCAAGCCUAUAUUCCUGAUGCAGUGUGGUAUGAUUAUGACACGGGGGCAAAAAUCUCAGCGAGAAAGCAAUGGACCGACAUGUUCCUGCCAGGAGACAAAAUGGGGCUCCACCUGAGGGGAGGCUAUGUGUACCCUAUUCAACAACCAGCUCAAACAACAAAUGCAAGCCGCCUGAAUCCAAUGGGACUUAUAAUUGCCAUGGAUGACAGCAACACAGCUUCUGGGGACUUGUUCUGGGAUGAUGGAGAGUCUACAGGUACAGUGGAGAGGGAAGCCUACACUUACUACGAGUUUACAGUCUCCAGUAAUACUCUACAAAUAACUGCAAAAACCAUUGGCUAUUCUGAUCCAAACAAUCUAAAGUUUGACGAGAUCAAGAUCUUGGGAGUGCAGCAAAGAAUAACAGCAGUUGCUGUAACUCAGAACAACGUUGAGGAGAACCACCCAGUGAACAUCAUCUAUGACUCCGUGCAGAAGGUUGCACACAUAACAGGACUUCAGCUUGAACUGGGAAAAUCUUACACAGUGCAAUGGACUCAAUGAGUGAGCGUGGCCAGACACUAGAUGACUGCCAGAGGCUCUCUGCCUUCCUGAUGGAAGAGAAAGGGAAUAAGGGAGGGAGGCUGAUGGGUUAGAAAGAGAAAAUUAACCAAGUUUAAUAAAAAAUGUAACAAUAAAAUUAAAUAGAGACACAGAGACACAAACCAAUGUGGAACCCGAGCCCUGAUGGCAAGGACAGCACCACUGGCACCGCUGAUGCUGGGAGCAGGUACUGGGCAAGUCCCAGACUGGACUCAGUGGUAGAUGGGAAGCAGACUGAGGAGCUAGAUUUUGGACUAAGCUCAGAAACUCAUAUAUCAAGGCCAGAAUUGGCAGAGUCCUCCUGGGAUGCUGGUCAUUGAAGAGAAGAACUUGACCUUGGGGAUCCCUCAGCUUGCCUCUGAAGAUACUAUCCAGUGGCUGCAAUCUCUUGUUGGGCACUUGAGGCUCACUUGUCGUGCCUGCUCCUCCCCACAGGUGCCAUCUUUGCCUUCCUGUCCCAAAGGUGUGGCAGUGCCCUUGGUGUGCAGAGGAGCAAGUGUCAGGCAAAACCUUUGUGCCCUCCAGCCCUUGGCAGGAGCUGUCCCAUCAGCUUCUUCCUGCUAGCAGCAGCCCCUGGAUGUGCAAACUGCCCUGAGCUUCAACAAGUGCUUGAGUGAGCAGAGCCUGAGCUGGGCAGUGCCAACCCUGAGCAGAGCUGGUGCUGGUGCAGCUCAGAGCAGAACUUUUUAUUCCAGUUCUGAUCCAGCAGAAGGAAAAUGUGAACAAUGUGGCUGUGUCCUCGAAAUUAGCAACAAUUAUUCUUCUAAACCAAUGAGCCAGAAAUGCUUCCAUAGUGAGAGAUAUCACUACAGUAGUUACGGGGGGAAAAGCAGCUCGGCAGAGGUGCCAUAGGCAAAUGGAACGAGGGCACAGACAUCAGCUGGCUUGGACUAACAGGUUUUAUUUUCUUCCCUGAAACCAAAGUAGCUGGCAAAUGUGUGAGCUGGCAGCUGUGUGAGCUGGCAACUGUGUAAGCUCUUCCCAAGUGCAGCAGGAAGUGAGGGAAAAGGUGGCAUUUUUGGAGAGCUUGGCAGACAUUUUUCUGCCACAUGGCACCAAGGCCUGCAAGGCUGCCCCCCUGCCCCUAACCCUCAGAGUCUUUGGAGCACAUCUGAAGUCAAAGCAAUUUCCCUGGGUUUCAGUGCAAGAGGGAAUCCUUGACUGCCCUGCAGACUGUGCUUCAGUUUAG